AUGUAUCCUCAUUUAAUCCAUGAAUCCCUACGUGGGAAACUUACUAUUGCCAGAAAGGUGUCAGAUGCAAUCUCGCACAUACACUCAAAGGAAUUCACUCAUUCGGACCUGAAGUCUGAUAAUAUCUUGAUUAGGGAGGCAGACAACGAACCAUUCGUUUGUGAUUUAGGAUUGGCCCACGGACUCACCCACUCAGCGGUAACCGAGGUCACUUCUGGGGCGCGAGUUGGGGUCAAGAAGUGGUGCCCUCCGGAGUCUUGUGGGAGAGAUUUCAAAGCCACAUCCGCGGGAGAUGUCUGGUCCCUGGCCUGCUUGUUCCUAGAGCUAUUCACGGGGCAUCACGUGUGGGAGGACGAAACAGGUGAAGAACUUUCAGAUUUUGAGAUCCACAAUCAAUUGUGUGGACAUGAUUUCGUACCCAACAGCAUCUCUCACAUGUCUGAACUCGACAAACCGAUGAUCGAGGACGCACUCAGGAGAUGCUUCACCGGAGAGCGAGACAAACGCCCUUCUGCUGAAGAUCUAACCAAGACGUUUUAUAAGGUCCUGUCGACGUUUUCAGAGUAACUGGUAAACUUGAUUAAUAUGGUGUUCAAUCAGACACUCUUUGACCUAGAUAAUCAAUUCACGAAUGAAAUAUUCGGAUUAUAAUGGGCUUAAGACAUACAAUGUACCUAUCUGGCGGUCUACAGAUG